AUGAACGUCCCACGCAUGGAUAACCCCUCAGAUAGCUCGAGUUUCGCAACUUCGGAGCUGUAUCUUGUAGACCUGGGGGAGUUUGACAAUCUCGACUUAUUGGAUGACUUCCAUCAGUUCGGCAACAUGGACGUCUCAGACAUGCUCCUUGGUGACGGGGAUGGCUGCCUCGUAAAGAAUGGAUCGAAAAUGAUCAGUGAUGUCGAAAUCUCUGCCAUAGAUCAACCAGCAACCUCCACAUCCACAGAUUCAGAGCAAUCGGCCGAAUCUAGCACGAAGAUGGUAAGUCAGGUAGCAAUGCCUUCAAAGUCGGUACACUCGGAGGAGCUGCGGGUUUCUCAAAAGAUGCCGCUAUCUUUUGACCGGUUAAAGCAAAAAUCUAAUAAAACGGGCUUGCAGCGACGCCGAGCGCAAAACCGCGCAUCCCAGCGUGCUUUUCGUGAACGCAAAGAGAAGCACCUCCGAAGUUUGAAGUCAACUUUAACAGAUCUUGGCGAGAAGCAUCAGAGGCUGCUCGUCUCAUAUUCGCGGCAAUCCGAAGUAGUGAUGAAGUUGAAGGGGCGCAUCGCAGACCUCCACGCACAAAUUGCAGCUUUCUCGGCUUCCUCUGAACAAGACACGACCAACUUGAUUUUUCGAGUCCAAAGGCCCCAUACUCCAGAUUUCCAGCAAUUUGACGCUUUUUCAUUCUCAUCAACAUCCGCCCAGGCUAGUCAUCACAGGGUCUUUUCUCAGAGCCGAGCCUCGGACGGGAAUGGACUUGACAAACUGCCUUCGCUGGAAGCAAGUAAUCUCCCCGAAUUUGAAGACCUGCUGAACCUACCUUAA